AUGGACGACUACGACGAGUUUGGAAACUACAUUGGCCCACUCUCCGACUCGGAUCUUGGUUCGGAUGACGGCCAAGACCACCAGGACGAUGUUGCGCCGCCUCCGCUCGAACCAUCAGCGCCUCUCGAAGGCUACGACGAUGCGCACGACGACGACGAACGCCUGGCCAACAUCGAGGUGGACGAAGACGGCAACAUCAUCCCACAGCGCCAGUUGAUACGCGUCGACGAGGGCCCCUCCAACGCCGUUGUGCUUCACGAAGACAAGCAGUACUAUCCAUCCGCAGCAGACGUCUACGGCGACGACGUCGAGACCAUGGUGCAGGAGGAAGACGCACAGCCUCUCUCCGUGCCCAUCGUCGAGCCAGUCGUGGAGCGUCGCUUUGCCGUCCAGGAAGACGGUCUGCCGGAAACCCGCUUCGACCGCUCCUUCCUCGCCAACCUCAUGGGCUUCCCCGACAUGGUGCGCAACGUCGCCGUCGUUGGCCAUCUCCACCAUGGCAAGACAUCGCUGCUCGACAUGCUCGUAUACGAAACGCACAAGAUCCAACACGACAUGGACAACCAUCUGCGCUACACGGACGCGCACACGCUCGAGCGCGACCGCGCCAUCUCGAUCAAGUCGGCGCCGCUCUCGCUCGUGCUCGAAAACACAAGGCGCAAGUCGUACCUCGUCAACCUCAUCGACACGCCCGGACACACCAACUUCCAGGACGAGGUGGCGGCCGCAUGCCGCCUCGCAGACGGCGUCGUCCUCGUCGUCGACGUCGUCGAGAGCGUCAUGUGCAACACCGCCCACGUCGUGCGCCACUGCCUGCGCCACAAGCUGCCCAUCGUGCUCGUGCUCAACAAGAUCGACCGCCUCGUGCUCGAGCUCCGCCUGCCGCCCACAGAAGCCUACUACAAGAUCCGACACGCGAUCCAGGAAGUCAACAACCUCAUCGCGUCCAUCGACGCCAACCCGGCGCUGCAGCUCGCGCCCGAGCGCGGCAACGUCGCGUUUGCAUCGACGCAGAUGGGCUACUGCUUUACGCUGCGCAGCUUCGCCAAGCUCUACGCCGAGACGUACGGCGCGGGUGUCGACGUGGACGCCUUUGCACACCGCCUCUGGGGCAACAUCUACUACAAUCCCGAGUCGCGCAACUUUUCGCGCACGCCCGCCGACGCCAACACGCCACGCUCCUUUGUCCACUUUAUCCUCGAGCCGCUCUACAAGAUCUACACCGCCGUGCUCUCUUCGGACACGCCGUCGCUGCGCCGCACGCUCGCCACGCUCGGCAUCCGCCUCAAGCCCGCCGUGUUCAAGAUCGACGUGAGGCCGCUGCUCAAGAUCGUGCUCGGCGAGUUCUUUGGUCCCGCGCAGGGGCUGGUGGAUUUGGUGGUGGAUCACGUGCCUUCGCCGCGCGCCGCCGCAGCCGCACGUCUCGCCGACGCCUACACGGGCCCCAAGCAGGGUGCGGCGUACAAGGCCAUGGCGGCGUGCGAUGCAGACGGCCCGCUGGUGGUGCAGGUGUGCAAGCUCUACGCCACCGUGGAUGCGCUCGACUUCCGCGCGCUGGGCCGCGUCAUGUCCGGCACCGCGCGCGCAGGCAUGCGCGUCAACGUGCUCGGCGAAGGCUUCAGCCCCGACGACGACGAAGACAUGGUGGCCGCCACGAUCGACUCGGUGGCCAUCAGCGAGACGCGCUACAGCGUCGGCGUCGACGGCGUGGCGGCAGGCAGCUGGGUGUUGCUCUCUGGCAUCGACGCGUCGCUCACCAAGACGGGCACGCUGGUGGAUGCCGCCGUGGAUACCGAGGGCAUGGGCAUCUUUGCGCCGCUCGAGCACAUGACGCAGUCGGUGCUCAAGGUGGCCGUGGAGCCGCUGGUGCCCUCGGAGCUGCCCAAGAUGCUGGAUGCGCUGCGGCGCGUCAACAAGAGCUAUCCGCUCGCCGAGACGCGCGUCGAGGAGUCGGGCGAACACGUGGUGCUGGGCACCGGCGAGCUGUAUCUCGACUGUGUGCUGCACGAUCUGCGCGUGCUCUUUGCGGGGAUCGAGAUCCGCGUGUCGGAUCCGGUGGUGCGCUUCUGCGAGACGGUCGUCGAGACGUCGGCGGUGAAAUGCUACGCCGCCACGCCCAACAAGCGCAACCGACUCACGAUCAUCGCCGAGCCGCUCGAAAAGGGCUUGGCCGAGGAGAUUGAGUCGGGCGCGAUCGACGUGCAUGCGCCGCCCAAGGUGCUCGCCAAGCUGCUCCAGGCCAAGUACGGCUGGGACGUCUUGGCGAGUCGCAGCGUGUGGGCGUGGGGGCCUGGUGAGCGCGGUGCCAACGUGUUGGUGGACGAUACGCUGCCUAGCGAGGUGGACAAGACGCUACUCUACGCUGUCAAGGAGAGCAUUGUGCAGGGAUUCCAGUGGGCGUGUCGCGAGGGACCGCUUUGCGACGAGCCGGUGCGCAACGUCAAGUUCCGCAUCCUCGAUGCCUCGCUCUCGCCCGAACCCAUGCAUCGCGGCGGAGGACAGAUGAUCCCGACGGCACGCAGGGCGUGCUACGCUGCGCUGCUCAUGGCCACGCCGCGACUGAUGGAACCGAUCUAUGAGGUGCAAGUCUCGACACCGCAAGACGGCAUCGCAGCCGUGUAUACGAUCCUCGCCAAGCGGCGUGGUCACGUUGUGCAGGACACGCCCAAGCCCGGCUCGACGCUGUAUACCGUCAAGGCGUAUGUGCCCGUGGUAGAUGCGAAUGGGUUCGAGACGGAUCUGCGCAUCGCUACGCAGGGCAAGGCGUUUUGCAUGCUCAUGUUCAGCCACUGGUCGAUCGUCCCCGGCAGCCCAACGGAUGCAAGCAUCAAGCUGAGACCGCUCGAGCCCGCACCGGCCCUGGCACUCGCCAAGGACUUUGUGCUAAAGACAAGGAGGAGAAAGGGUCUGCCCGACACCAUCGCGCUCGCUUCCUACCUCGAUGCCGACAUGACCAUGGCACUUGUACAGGCCGGAAUCGAAAUCUAG